AUGGCUAGUGAAUCUGAAGAAGAAAGUUUAUUAUCUAGCUCAGAAAGCGAGUUUUUAUCUUCAUCUGAAACUGAAAGUGAUUCAGAUGAAGAACAAUUAAGCAAAGUGCGGGAUUGGUGCAAGAUAGACACUUCUAAAACUCAACCUGUUCCUCCUAAAUUUCCAUUCAGCGCUUGCCCAGGUUUAAAAAUGACCAUAAAGGAUGCGAAUGAUCCUUUACAAUUCCUCCUUCUCUUUAUCGAUGACGAAGUUGUAAACAUUGUAGUUGAAGAAACUAAUAGAUAUGCCUCCCAGAAUUAUGCAGAAGCCAGUGGAGAAAUGGUUUUGGACUCAAAGACCAAUAAUAAGCACUCCAUCUAUAGGCAAAAUAAUGACAGAGAGGCGAUACAGUCUCCUUAUGAAGUUCUUACAUUUUGA